UGAAAGUGAAUGAGAUCGAGAUCGAGAGUGAACGUCGGAUCGUUCAUUCACCUUCACUCCACAGUUCACUCAGUCAGUGAGUUGUGCGCGCGUGUGACCCUCGUGUGUGGCUACAAAUACAAAAAUGCUUUACUCUCUGCUCUUCUUGGCUACACUGGCGCUGUGCAGCGGCGACGUGUCACACUUGCAGCAUGAACAUGAGCCGAGCACCGAACCCCCACCACCCAGGCCGUAUGCCUUCGCGUACACUGCUGGCAGGUUCCCAGGACACACGGACAGACACCAUGCUGAAGUUAGUGACGGCAGUGGCGUUGUCAGAGGAACUUUCUCCUACGUGGACCCCCGAAACAAGGUCCGCAAAGUGGACUACGUGGCCGACAAGGAGGGCUUCCACCCCAUCCUGAGCGACGCUCCACCAGAUCUACCUGCGGACUCAGCCUCCGUGGCUCAAGCCAAGGACCGUCAUUAUCAGCUGUAUGCGAAGAUCGCCGAGGAACAUGCCACAUACCCUCAUCCUGCUGUGGCCGAAGCAGCAUCCCCCCGCCAAUCAGCAGCCGUGGUCGCCGCCACGUUAAAGCACGCCGAGCUGUUCCGAGUGAUCGCCGAGCAGCAUGCGAGGAUUGCCGCCGAACGGGAAGAGAUUCAGAAAGAGGAGGAGCUACAAGAGUUAGAACAUUAGAGGUGGAU